UGCUGUGGGGAAGAGAGACGGAUUUGUAAACUCCAGAGCGAGGUUCUACCUACUUGAAGCCGCUGCCAUGCGGAGACCCCGGGUGAAGCCACCAUCACCAUGUCUGACCAGGAGGCAAAACCUUCAACUGAGGACUUGGGGGAUAAGAAGGAAGGAGAAUUCAUUAAACUCAAAGUCAUUGGACAGGAUAGCAGUGAGAUUCACUUCAAAGUGAAAAUGACAACACAUCUCAAGAAUCUCAAAGAAUCAUACUGUCAAAGACAGGGAGUUCCAAUGGAUUCACUCAGGUUUCUCUUUGAAGGUCAGAGAGUUGCUGAUAAUCACACUCCAAAAGAACUGGGAAUGGAGGAAGAAGAUGUGAUUGACGUUUAUCAGGAACAAAUGGGUGGGGGUGGGGGGAAACAAAGAAAAAUUGACAUCUCCAAAUCUGAACAGGAAUUGGGCAGCCAAGCCAUGCUGGAGGAAAACGUGCAAGAGAAAAAAGUGGACAACUGUACAUUUAUGAUCACCAACCUCAACUGA